AUGGUGCCUACCCUGGCAGUCCCCACCCCAUACGGCUGUAUUGGCUGUAAGCUGCCACAGCCAGACUACCCACCAGCACUAAUCACCUUCAUGUUCUGCGUAAUGGUUAUCACCAUCGUCAUAGACCUCACUGGCAACUCCUUGGUGAUUUUGGCUGUGGGGAAGAGCAAGAAGCUCCGAAAUUCUGGCAACAUCUUUGUGGUUAGCCUCUCAGUGGCUGAUAUGCUGGUGGCCAUUUACCCCUACCCUCUGAUGCUGCAUGCCAUGGCCAUUGGGGGCUGGGAUCUGAGCAAGUUCCAGUGCCAGGUGGUCGGAUUUAUCACAGGGCUGAGUGUGGUCGGCUCUAUCUUCAAUAUCAUGGCAAUUGCCAUCAAUCGUUACUGCUACAUCUGUCACAGCCUCCAGUACGAGCGGAUCUUCAGUGUGCGAAAUACCUGCAUUUACCUGGUCGUCACCUGGAUCAUGACCGUCCUGGCUGUCCUGCCCAACAUGUACAUUGGCACCAUCGAGUAUGAUCCUCGCACCUACACCUGCAUCUUCAACUAUCUGAACAACCCCAUCUUUGCCGUGACCAUCGUCUGUAUCCACUUUGUCCUCCCUCUGCUCAUAGUGGGUUUUUGCUAUGCGAGGAUCUGGAUGAAAGUGCUGGCAGCCCGUGAUCCUGCUAGGCAAAAUCCUGACAACCAAUUUGCUGAGGUUCGCAAUUUUCUAACCAUGUUCGUGAUCUUCCUCCUCUUUGCAGUGUGCUGGUGCCCUAUCAAUGUGCUCACUGUCUUGGUGUCAGUCAACCCAAAACAGAUAGCAAGCAAGAUCCCCAACUGGCUUUAUCUUGCAGCCCACUUCAUGGCCUACUUCAACAGCUGCCUCAACGCUGUGAUCUAUGGACUGCUCAAUGAGAAUUUCCGAAGAGAAUAUUGGACCAUCCUCCAUGUUAUUCGACACCCUAUUCUCUUCCUCUCUGGUGUCAUCACUGAUAUACGUGAGAUGUGGGAGGCCAGUGUCCUAGCUCGUGUCCAUGCCCAUGCCCCUACUCCUGCCCUUGAACAAGCUCAAGAACAAGCCCAUGAACAAGACCAUGCCCAUGCCUGUCCUGCUCCGGAGGAAAUACCAAUGAACGUCCGGAAUGUUCCACUACCUGGUAAUGCUGCAGCUGACCAACCUGAGCAUGCCUCUGGCCACCCCAAGCCAGCCUCUGUUCAUUCCAGGCCUGCCUCUGCCUACCACAAAUCUGUUUCUGACCACCAGAAGCCUGUCUUUAGCCACUCCACGCUAGCCUCUGGUCACCCCAAGUCUGCCACUGUCUACCGCAAGCAGGCCUCUGUCCAUUUCAAAGAUGACUAUGUCCAUUUCAAGCCUGCCUCUGUCCAUUUCAAAGAUGACUAUGUCCAUUUCAAGCCUUCCUCUGUCCAUUUCAAGGCUGACUCUGUUUAUUUCAAGCCUGCCUCCAGCCAUCCCAAGCCUGUCCCUGGCCACCAAAUCCCUACUGGAAGUCCCUCCAAGAGUCUCUUCAGCCCUGUCACCAGCCGCCCUAAACCCACCACUGGUCAUGUCAAGCCUGCCAUCACUGGUUAUCCUCAGCCCUCUACUGCUGGACACUCUGAGCUCACUAUGUCCUGCCACCCUGAGACCACUGCUACCGGACACCUUGAGUGUGGUGUUACUGAUCGCCCUGAGCCUCCCUCCAGCCCUGCCACUGGCUCCCUCAAGCCUGGGGUCACCACUCACCCUCUUGACUCCACUGUGGUGACCACUGACAGCAUUGAUUACCAUGAGGUUGUGGUACUUGAUGUUGAAAUUGAUUCUUAUGAAAUGGCCAUAUGA